AUUUCUUACUACCAUAUGCCAUUAUCAUAAACCCAAUGAUGACACAAAAAGAAUUUUAAAUUCUAAUGGGUACUUUUGUAUUUUUGCCCUCUAUUCCUUCACUGUAGAUACAGCCAAAGUCUGGAAUCUAGUUUCCGUCCACCCAUUACAGCCUGAAGAUUCUUAAGCCUUAUUUUGCAUUCAGUAAUUGUGAGCCGCUGAGCCUUAAGUUGGAAAAGAAAUGGGUGAAAUGGUAAUGGGAACCCUGAUCAAUUACCUUUUGGGUUGUCUGUGCUUGUACUUGCUUCUGAUUCUUGGAAAGUUCCUAUACAAAGAAUGGUGGACUCCACUUUGCAUACAAUCCCUGCUGAAGUCACAAGGAAUAAAAGGCCCUUCUUAUAGAUUCCUGCAUGGCAACACCAAACAGAUAGCCAACAUGAGAAAGGAAACCAUGAAAAAUCCCAUGGAAUUGUCACAUCAUGUACUCCCAAGAAUUCAGCCACAUAUAUAUUCUUGGAUCAAGCUCUAUGGGAUGAACUUUCUUAUGUGGUAUGGUGCUCGAGCUCAACUGGUAGUCACAGAACCUGAGUUUGUUAAAGAGAUUCUGAACAGUAAAGAAAAAACAUAUUGCAAAAUAGGGUUCCAGGAGUAUUUCAAGAAGCUAUUAGGGGAUGGACUUGUUUUAUCCACAGGCAAUAAAUGGUUAAAGAUGCGUAAGCUCGCCAAUCAUGCUUUCCAUGGAGAAAGCUUGAAGAGUAUGUUUCCAGCAAUGGUAGCAAGUGUGGAGAUGAUGCUUAAAAGAUGGGGACACCAUGAAGGGAAGCAGAUUGAUGUUUUCCAAGAAUUCAAGGUUUUAACAUCUGAAAUAAUCUCCAGGACAGCUUUUGGGAGCAGCUAUCUGGAAGGAGAAAAAAUAUUUGAUAUGUUGAAGAAAAUGACCUUCAUUAUUGCAAGAAACCAUUAUAAAGUGAGAAUUCCAGGAAUUAAAAGCUUUCUGAAAACAAAGGAUGACGUUGAAUUCGAUAAACUCCAAGAAGAGAUAAGAGACACAAUCAUAAAUAUGGUAAAGAAAAGAGAGAGGGCAGCAGUGAUUGGUGAACUGGACAAUUAUGGAAAUGAUUUUCUUGGACUACUUUUACAGGCUUAUAAUGAGGCAGAUAAGAAUAAGAAGAUAUCCAUAGAUGACAUGAUUGAUGAAUGCAAGAACUUUUAUGUUGCUGGACAGGAAACAACUGCGAGUUCACUCACUUGGACUAUUCUUCUUCUGGCAAUUCAUACUGAUUGGCAAGACAAAGCAAGAAAAGAGGUCCUUGAACUAUUUGGCCAGCAGAAUCCAACAGUAGAUGGUGUUGCAAGAUUGAAGACUGUGAGCAUGAUCAUCAAUGAAUCUCUAAGGCUAUAUCCUCCUGUGUUUCAUUUAACAAGGGAAGUCCAAAAAGAAGUUAGACUGGGGAAACUAACUAUCCCAGCAAAGACGGAAACCCACAUUCCAACAUUGGCACUUCACACUGACCAUCAAAUAUGGGGGGAGGAUGCUUUGCAUUUCAAACCAGAAAGAUUUGAAGAAGGGAUAGCAAAGGCUACAAACAAUAAUAUUUCCUCAUUUCUGCCAUUUGGUUUAGGAGCUCGAACUUGCGUGGGCUUGAGCUUUGCAAUUAAAGAAAAGAAAAUUGCUCUCUCAAUGAUUCUGCAGCAUUUCAGAUUUAUUCUGUCACCUACUUAUGUCCAUUCACCAGUUCAAAUUCUCACAAUGUGCCCACAACAUGGAGUUCAGAUCAUUCUUGAGGCAUUGUAAACCAGAAAUAAUCAUUCGGAAUUUGCUAUUUAUGCAAUGUUUUCUCCCUUUUUCAUCUUCAUUUUCACCAUUUUGUUAUAUCAUAAGUUAAUAACAGUGCCUUAGUUGGCGGGAACAAAUCCGGGUGAGGCUUUUCUAAUCAUCGUGCCAUGUCAAGGAAAGGUCUACAAUUCCUACUUCGAGACUUGCAUUUCUGUUCAGUCCAUGAGGAGAAGAAUAAUAAAGAACAUAAUUUUAGCAA